AUGGUUUACUACGAUGAACCAUUUCCCCGGAAGGUGCAUACUCGUGGCUUUCCCUAUUAUCUGCGCUCAGAAGUUCAAAUAUGUAAUGUAGCUAGCAAUACAUGGAAAAGUAUUGGAAGCAUACCUUGUGGUUUCAAGCGACCAUCUACUGAACAUUUUUCAUCACCGCAAGAUAUUUUCUGUCUAAAUGGAAGGCUAUACUGGUUGAUGGGAUCAGAGGGGCAGUAUUGUAUCCCUAGAAUCAUUUGUUUUGAUCUGUCUAGUGAACAAUUUCACGAGGUUCUGAAACCUGCUUGCGGUGGCCUUAAUAAGCCUAAUUAUCUCUUGUUGGUUUCUGGAGAGUGUCUUUCAGCUGCAGUUUAUUUAAAUAAUGGGGAAGUGGAGAUUUGGAUAAUGAAAGAGUAUAAUGUGAAAGAGUCUUGGAUCAGAGAGUUUGUUAUUGAAGCACCCCCUUGGAAUAUUAAUCCAAGAUCAUCAAAUUUAGAUUGUUUUUAUGUGCAUGGGAUCUGGGCAAACAGAGUUCUGCAUGGUAGAUCAGUUCGAGUUUUGUGUGUCCUGAAGAACAGGGUCAUCUUGAUACAAUACAAAAAUGGAAAACUAGCUUCGUACGAUCCGGAGAAUGGUGAAACUAGAGACUUAUGGUUUCAGGGACUGCCUUCAAAGUAUAAUGCAGUUGUUCACUUUGGUAGCCUCAGUUGGAUCGACCAACAAUAG